CAUGCACAUUCACGUUUCUUCUAUAUGUUUCUCUCGCUGUCAGUGAAUGCGCUGAAACAUACAGUUGGAGAUUCUGUGAUUCUACAAACUGGAGUUACCGAACUGAAGAAUGAUGAUCCGAUACUGUGGAAGUUUAGCGAUAAAGACACUUUUAUAGCUGAACUCAACAGAGCCACCAAUCAGACCUUGUUCUAUAAAGGUCCUGAUGGGAGAUUCAGAGACCGAUUGCAGAUAAACCAGCGAACUGGAGAUCUGACCAUCAGGAAUAUCAGCAGAGCACAUUCAGACGUUUAUACACUACAAAUCAGCAGAGGCAAAAAGAUCACAUGCAAGAGAUUCAUGGUGGUUGCCCAUGAGAAGACCGUGUCAGCGACAGAGGGAGAUUUGGUCACGCUAUACAAUGAUACUGAAAUACAAGAUGAUGAUCUGAUACUGUGGCUGUUUGGAGCUGAAGACAGACUCAUAGCUAAAAGAGAAAUGAAUAAAAGUGCCUGUGCUUAUUAUGGUAGUGAAGGGAAACUCAAAAACAUAUUCAAUUUGAAUCCUCAAACUGGAUCUCUGAUCAUAACAAACAGCACAACUGAACAUGCUGGAGUUUAUAAACUACUGAUCAUCAGCAGCCGAGAGACUAAAUACAAGAGAUAUCAAGUUACAAUCAAUGAGAGAGAAAGAAAUACAGACGAAGAGGAUGAGCAGGAGGGGAUACGCUUAAUUAAUAUAUAAAACCCUCAACAGUAAUAUAAUAAUUGUAAACAAUUUUAGAGACUUUAUUAUUGACUAUUAUUUUUGGUGCUUGUGAAUCAAACUAAAUGUGAUCACAACUGAACUUGGUUCAACUAGUUUCUCUAUAUAUUUUUGUUAUAUAUUUAUGAAUUUAUUUUAUUACAAUCCUUAACUUGUUAGUGUAUGGACCUUAUAUGUACUGUAUAGCAGUGUUUUGUGUUAGACAGCUCUAUAUUUUGUAGUGGCUUGUAUCUGCUUGACUCUUGUGGAUUUGGACAAUGAUUUAUAAUUGGUAAUAUUAUAAAUAUUAAUAUUAAUGAGGUGCUUAUGAGCCUUAUUGGGGGUUUAUUGCCUGUUUUUUGGUUUUGCUUUUUGUGUUCCACUACUUUUAUUAUGUUCCUUUUCAUUCCUUAUUCUCAUUUGCAAGUAAUUUGGAUAAAAUGAUCUGCUCAAUUAAUAAAUGUUCAAAUAAGAUGUACUAUACUACUGCUGAUAUACGUCAUAUAAGAUGUAGAUACACUGCUGGUAUUAAUAUCCGAGGGUGAAACAUUUCCCCGCGCAGAUUUCACUCGUGUCGAAGUUGGUCACACGAAUCUGACCAACAGAAAGCCGCUUGGCUUUAAAGUGACUUCGGUUCAAGCUUUGUUUAAUGUACACUAUUGACAAUGGACCUUUUUGCCCAGUAAAUUUCACCAAAAUGUUAUGAAUUUUUUCCACUGAGCAAACAAUUUUACCUAUUUAAUAUUUGCUUUUCUUAAAUGUAGAAAUUCAUCUAUAAAGCAACAUUUUUGUGAACUCUAAUUUAUAAAAAUUAGAUUUUUUUUUUUACAUCACUACAAUUGUAACGAUUCCUGUCACUUCCCAGACUCCAAUUCCCAUAAUCCUCCCUGCCAGUCACAUGCACACUCCACACCAAUCACCAAUUGCCACAUACAGCUGAAGCUCAUUAUCUGGACUAUUUAAGACUCACACACCCCCCACCUCAUUGCGAAGUCUUGUUUAUCCUUGUGUUGCAUUACUGAGCGUUAUUAUACUGUCUGUCUGUUACCAUUCCUGUCUGUUACCUGUUUAUGAUCCUCUGCUGCCUGCCUUUGGACUGUGUAUUGUUUCCUGACCUGUGAAUGAUAUCUGCCUGUCCUGAUUCCCUGCCUGUUCAACGAUCUCGAUUCUGCCUGCUCUCUGCCAUACCUGUUUGCCACUGCUUGACCCUUGCCUGUUUAAUAUGGAGGACCAGGAGUGCCACUUA